GCGCUGUUUCUUACUAACGCUGAAGGUUAAGUUACUUUAUGUUCGACCUUCAUUUUGUAUUCAGAUUUCGUUCCGUACGGAAGCUUCAGUUUAUAUUCAAUUUUUGUUUAAAAAGUCGAUCGAUAAAUACAUUUGAUUCCAUUACAUACUUCCGUUAUGUGUAACAAUUAUGUUGAAUUAAUACCGAUUUUGGAGGAAAUUUAUGUAACUAUAUUAUCUAUAUAUAUAUCAUGAAAUAAUAUUUUGCUCGUUAUGUCUUUGUUGCGAAUUAUUCCAUAUAAACAACAUGCCAUUUUUCCGUUGAUUGCAAGAGACUCGUUUCUAAGUAGUCCAUUCAAAGGAAAGAACAAUGUCGCCUUUCAAUUCAAGAGAACUUUUAGUGGAACGUUUAAAAGAUCUAGUAAGCAGGAACACAAAAAGCAAAAGAUCUUGUCAAAUAUUUAUAAAGUCGGUUGGGGAACAUUAGGAAUAGGUGGAGCUUAUGCGUUUAAGAUAAGUACGAAACAAGCGAUAUGCGAAGCGAUUAAGCAAAACAAUGAAACAAAAGAUAGCGUCGGACCGCAUUUUCAAUGGAAAGAUUUUUUGGAGUAUUUAUAUCCGCAUGUUUGGCAUUUAUUGAUUUCUUUGUCAAGCGCCCUAAUCGUAGCAAUGUUAAAUAUUUGGAUACCACAAUCUGUUGGUAAUAUCAUAAAUGUAUUGACAAAAAUAGUUCAAGAUAAAAGAAAUGAUUCUACAAGAAAUACACUGGAAAUGCUUCUGAAACCAACCUUUUUGUUGGCACGUAUGUACGUUGCACAAGCGUUUUUCACUUUUAUUUAUAUUCAUACACUUUCUCAUAUAGGGGAAAGAGUAGCAAUGAAGUUACGUCAAAAUGUAUUCAAAUCUGUCAUCAUGCAAGAUGUUGCAUUUUUUGAUAAAAAUCGAACUGGCGAAAUAGUAAGUCGAUUAACGAGUGAUAUUCAGGAUUUUAAAAGCACAUUCAAAAUUUGUAUAUCGCAAGGUUUAAGAAGUUCUACACAAAUUAUUGGUUGUGUCAUUUCUGUGAUAAUGUUAUCGCCUCAACUGACAGCUGCAAUGUUAUUAUGUAUGCCACCAGUUAUAUUCGUCGGUACUCUAUUAGGAAAAAGUUUGCGUAAGUUGUCUACAGAUGCACAAAACCAAAUUGCAAAAGCCACUGCUGUCUGCGAAGAAGCUAUCCAGAAUAUACGAACGGUAAGAGCGUUUGCAGCAGAAAAUCGAGAAACGGAAGUAUUUUCUAAGGAAGUUGAACAUGCAUCUGAGCUGUAUGAAAAUUUAGGAUUCGGUAUUGGCUUGUUUCAAGCAGGAACGAAUCUGUUUUUAAAUGGUAUACUGCUUUGUACCUUGUACUUCGGUGGUCACUUAAUGUCGAUCGGGCAAUUAACGUCCGGCGAUCUUAUGGCAUUUUUGAUGGCAACCCAAAUAAUUCAAAGAUCUCUAUCUCAGUUAUCUUUGUUAUUUGGAACAUACGUAAGAGGAGUUACUGCUGGUGCUCGAAUUUUCGAGUAUUUAAAUAUGCCACCGUCGCAAAUGAUGGUAGGAGGAGAAACAAUAGAGGGAAAGACUUUGUCCGGCGAUAUAGAAUUUAAAAACGUGAAAUUUAGUUAUCCAACACGACCGGAUCACAUCAUUCUGAAGAAUUUUAAUUUGAAUAUUCCCUCUGGUAAAACGGUCGCUAUUGUGGGUUCUAGUGGAAAUGGAAAAUCGACCAUUGCUGCGCUGUUAGAACGGUUUUAUGACGUCAACGAGGGUAGCAUUUCGAUCGAUAAAUGGGACAUUAGGUCUCUCAAUUCUAGCUAUCUUAGAGGUACUGUAUUAGCAUAUAUAAAUCAAGAACCCGUACUUUUUGCAACUAGCAUAAUGGAAAAUAUCAGAUAUGGAAAGCAAGAUGCAACGGACGAGGAGAUCGUACAAGCGGCGAAAGAAGCAAAUGCUCACGAAUUCAUUACAAAAUUUCCAAAUGGAUACGAAACUCAGGUUGGCGAGAGAGGCGCACAAUUGUCCGGAGGACAAAAACAGCGUAUUGCCAUUGCCAGAGCACUACUAAUGCGGCCAUCGAUUUUAAUAUUGGACGAAGCAACGAGCGCGUUGGAUUAUGAAAGCGAAAGACUGGUACAAAAAGCUUUAGAGAAUGUAACCCGAAAUAGAACAGUGUUAGUUAUUGCUCAUAGACUAAGUACUAUAAAAUCUGCUGAUAUUAUAGUUGUAUUGCAACAUGGUGUUAUCGUAGAGAUAGGUACCCAUGCACAACUAUUUAAGAAACAAGGAACAUAUUAUAAAUUAGCGAGAGAACAAAGAAUUAAUUAAAAGAAAAAAUCGAUUAAAACAAAGAAAUAAUCGUAACGAAAAUAAUCAUAACGAAAUUCUAUUUCUAAGAAAAAACGAAUACUUCUUAUAUUAUGAUGAUGACCGUUUGCACUAAACAAAAGAACCAACAAAGAAAAAUUAAUAAAAAAAGGCAACAGAUCAAUGUUAAUGUGCACCGAUCUAUCUUGUUGUUGGGCAUUAUUGUGUAGUAUUUAUCGGACGAAAAUCUAUGAAAAAACAGAGAAUACGAAAUUAAAUAUAUAUCACUUCGAUCGUAAAAUAUUUACUUACCAAUAUAGAUGAUACUUCAAACGUAGAGUAACUUCGCAGAAGUUGGUUAAGAUGUCGGUAGAUGUAUGAUGAUAAGUCGGCUGGUAGUUAUUCUCGAUCACUACGGCCGAUAUCACUUUUAUAUAUCUAUAACAUACAUUCAAAUUCGUAGAUUAGUUGAGAUGCGCGACGAACAUUCGUUUAUUUUAAUUGCAUAAUGAUCGAAGAUAAAUCGGAUGAUGUCUUUUUAAACGAUAUAAAUUUUUUUUGGAUGCCGCGGCAUCUCCUUUUACAAACAACAAAAUAAUUCAGUUGGAAUAGAUCACACAGAAAAUCUUUUCAAUGAUACGGAUUUGACAUUUUGUAAAGAAAAUUGUAUGCUAGACGAUAGAUUCAACGAAUAUCAAUAAAAUGAACGGAUAAUUAACGAAAUAGCGAUGUACAAUCGUUCGUACCGUUUGAAAUGUUAAAAAUAUCUUUCGAGACGUGAAAAAUGUACGAAAGGAUUGCCCGUAGAACUUCACUCUUUCUAUGAAUCGCUCUGGAAUGCGACUAGCCGAAAGUUACUCAAAGAAUGACGUUGCAGCGUAAACGCCGCCCUUUUAUAGGCGGGAUCACCCCACGUCCUCCCAUGAAGGCCAAGUAUCCCGUUUUAAUGCUAUAGCUUCACCGUCCGGGGAUGAACCAUCUCCUCUCCUCCAUGGCUGAUUACAAUAGGUUGCUUUGUUAUUAGUCAAAGGUUCUCGAUGAUUGGCAGUACAUUGAAAAUUAUAUUACAAUCGAAUUUUACCUCGUUCUCUCUCCAUCUUCGUUUCCUUUCUCUCUCUUCCUCCCUUUCUCGCUCUGUUUCUCUGUCUCUGUCUGUCUGUCUGUCUCUACCACCAUCCCACCCCCAUUCCCAUUCCCAUUCCCAUCUCCAUCCCCAUCUCCCAUCUCCCAUCUCCCAUCUCCCAUCCCCAUCUCCCAUCCCCGUCUCCCACCCCCCACCCCCCACCCCCCACCCCUCCUCUCACUCUUCUCUCUCUCUGCACUAUUUCCUCCUUCGUCGCGUGUUAAUUCUUCUGUAUUUUCCAUGCAUUUCCUUUUAUCUUCGCUUCCAUGAUAUUAUUUUAUAAUUAAAUUUGUGAACUCCGACGUCGACUUAACAAAUGUUAAUUAAUUAAUUAACUGAUUGUUACAGAAUUCUGUUCGUCUUCGCUUCCAUGAUAUUUUUAAAUUAAAUUUAAGAACUCCGUCUUUGAUUAACUUAUCAAGUAUUGAUUGAGUAACUAACUAAUCAAUCAAUCAGUAUAUCGAUCGAUCAAUCUAUCGAUCGAUCAAUCAAUUAAUUGUUAAAACAUUUCUUGUGUUGGUUUUUUUCGUUUACUUCGUCCAUUUCCUAGAGGAUUCUUUUUCUCCAUCCAUUUUUUCUUAAUAAAGUAUCUUUCAAAGUUUUUAUCAAUAAGAGUCAAUGUUAUCCGACUCUUUUCCACCUCUCGAAAAUAUUAUAUCGCAUUUAUUUUGCAUUAUCUCUCGUCGUAAUUGUCGCAUUGUCAAAUCUCAUUUGUACGUCACAUUGUUCAUAAAAAUGUAAUUCCUUUCUGUAAUUAUAAUAUAAAUAAAUUAACUUUAAUCAAUAA